AUGAGCAUCCCCCUUAAAGAAGAUCCUGGGAGGAGCAUAAAAGACUGCUGGGAUAGCCCGGAUGCCCCUGCGCUUUCCACCUGCAGCAAUGCAGAUAUAUUCCGCCGAAUAAAUGCGAUGUUGGACAACUCAUUGGAUUUCAGUGGAGUCUGCACCACGCCUGUCACGAAAAGCAAGCGCGACGUCCUGCCAGACUUCCAGGACUCUGAAGAAACUGUGGCGAGCAGGAUGCUUUUUCCUACGUCCACGCAAGAGUCUUCCCGUGGCCUCCCAGACACCAAUGAUCUGUGCCUUGGCCUGCAGUCCCUCAACCUGACGGGGUGGGACAGACCCUGGAGCACCCAGGACUCUGACACUGCAGCACAAACCAGCACACAGUCCGUUCUCAGCAUGCUGAGUAACCCUCUCGGGAACGUCCUGGGGAAGCCCCUGCUGGGUUUCCUGCCUCUAGACCCCAUUGGUUCGGACCUGUCAGAAAAGUUUUCCACGCUGACACUGAGAAAUACCCGCCUGGAUUCCCGCUCCCUCCUGGAUUCCCGCUCCAGCAGCCCCUCGGACUCAGACACCAGCGGGUUCAGCUCGGGCUCUGACCACCUCUCAGACUUGAUUUCAAGCCUUCGUAUCUCCCCGCCUCUGCCCUUUCUGCCCCUCAGUGGGGUGUCAAGAGACCCCCUAAAGAUGGGAGUGGGCUCCCGGUUGGAUCAAGAUCAAGCUGCUCUGGCUGCAGUAACCGCCUCUCCAGCUAGCACAUCGAAAAGAUGGCCUGGAGCAUCCGCGUGGCCUUCUUGGGAUCUCCUGGACUCUCCAGAAGACCCCUUCAGUAUCGAAAGAGAAGCCAGGCUUCACAGGCAGGCAGCAGCCGUGAAUGAAGCGACCUGCACCUGGAGUGGGCAGUUGCCUCCCCGAAACCACAAGAACCCCGUCUACUCCUGCAAAGUGUUCCUGGGAGGAGUCCCAUGGGACAUUACAGAAGCCGGACUGAUCAACACCUUCCGUGUCUUUGGCUCCCUGAGUGUGGAGUGGCCCGGUAAGGAUGGCAAACACCCACGCUGCCCUCCCAAAGGGUACGUCUACCUGGUGUUUGAGUCGGAGAAAUCUGUGCGCGCUCUCCUCCAGGCGUGCUCCCAGGACCUCCUGAGCCCUGACGGGCUCAGCGAAUACUAUUUCAAGAUGUCCAGCCGCAGGAUGCGCUGCAAAGAGGUGCAGGUGAUCCCCUGGGUGCUGGCCGACAGCAACUUUGUGCGCAGCCCCUCGCAGCGGCUCGACCCCAGCAAGACAGUUUUCGUUGGGGCUCUUCAUGGGAUGCUCAACGCCGAGGCCUUGGCGGCUGUCAUGCACGACCUCUUUGGAGGCGUCAUCUAUGCCGGCAUUGACACGGACAAGCACAAGUAUCCCAUCGGGUCUGGCCGCGUCACCUUUAACAACCAGCGCAGCUACCUGAAGGCAGUGACGGCUGCAUUUGUGGAAAUCAAAACCACUAAGUUUACUAAAAAG